CUCGGUGUAAACAAGUCGCGGCGGCUGCUAACCCGGGCCGUGGGGACGGCGCCCACUAGGAGCGCCCCCCACUCUUAGGCCAGGCCACUCCGGCGGACCGGGCCCCCGCGCGCCCAGGCGAGGCACUGGGCUCCCUCUGCUCCCCGUGGGCCGCUCCCCGCGUGGGGCCACUGCCCCCGGCCCCCGCCAUGGUGCGGAUUUCAAAACCCAAGACGUUUCAGGCCUACUUGGAUGAUUGUCAUCGGAGGUAUAGCUGUGCCCACUGCCGCGCUCACCUGGCCAACCACGACGACCUCAUCUCCAAGUCCUUCCAGGGCAGUCAGGGGCGUGCCUACCUCUUCAACUCUGUGGUGAACGUGGGCUGCGGGCCAGCCGAGGAGCGGGUGCUGCUGACAGGCCUCCAUGCUGUCGCUGACAUCCACUGCGAGAACUGCAAGACCACUUUGGGUUGGAAAUAUGAACAGGCCUUUGAAAGCAGCCAGAAGUACAAAGAGGGGAAAUACAUCAUUGAACUCAACCACAUGAUUAAGGACAAUGGCUGGGACUGACUGACCCCUGCUCCUGACGCAUGUGGCUCCAGCCUGGCCUGGCCGCCAGGGGGCGCCACUGGCCUCCUUCCUCACGAAGGGCGCCCGGCCCCUCAGAGCCCCUGCAGAGGAAGGACCCAGCUCCUGUACAUAUAUUUUAUUGCAUGCACUGUGACCUUGGGGGGAAAUCGGAAGGGGGACUGCACCUCCGCUCUCCUGCGAUCUGGCUGGCUUGGAUCUCAUUUUUAAACCCUUUCUACUCCACCUGCCCCAUAGCUAUGGCCUUAGUGUUGCUCUUUAGGUCCCAGUACCCAGUCUGCCCGGUAAACGUAUCGUUCCACCGACCCCUCUUACCCCGCGCGUCAGCACCCUUCAUUCUGUAGCGUUUGUAAAUAAUAAAACAAUGGAGUGGAGACA